AUGAUUACCCCUCUUGAUUUUCUUGGUUCUAGAGCCUGCUGCUCAAGAAAUCCAAGUGGAUGCAUAUGCAGCGGGAAAAGAUCUCCAUUUAGACCAAAGGGAGUAGAUUGGAAGAUGCUUCCAGGAGGACGAGUGAAAAAAAAAGGAUCAUUAAAGGGAUCCCUUCGCAAUGUCCUCGGAGGUCUGAAGGUGUCAAAGCCUCCGAAACCGGCAAAAGAGCCACCAAAGUUAAAGAAAGGAUCCAUGCCACCUCUGUGCCCCAGGCCUAACCUAAUGACUCCGGUCGAGAAGCCUUCCAAGAAGAUAAAGCAAAUAACUCCUGAGAUGCCUAUUAAACCUUCAUCGCUCGAGGUGGUGACCAUUUUUAGGAGUCAGAGAUGCUGCAGAGGGGCUGACAUACUUAUAAAUGAGAUAUGCUGUACUUGUCACUCAUCAUUCCCUUCUUGUCGUGCUAGCAGCCAGAGUUCUCUCGCCAGACUUGCUCCACUUGAAGCAGUGCUCUUUGACGUAGAUGGAACACUAUGUGAUUCUGAUCCUCUUCACUACCUUGCCUUCCGUGAAAUGCUUCUAGAGGUUGUGUCUUUUCUUAGUCGAAAAAUUGGUUUCAAUGGAGGUGCCCCUAUAACGGAGGAAUUCUUUAUUCAAACUGUUGCCGGCAAACACAAUGAUGAUAUAGCCAAGGCUCUCUUUCCUGAUGAUCUGCAACGAGGUUUAAAGUUUGUAGAUGAUAAGGAAGCCUUGUUCCGGAGAAUGGCAAAAGAGCAACUGAAGCCUUUGAAUGGCCUUGAUAAAGUGAGGAAAUGGAUUGAAAGUCAUGGGUUGAAGAGAGCUGCAGUUACCAAUGCUCCAAGAGCAAAUGCAGAACUCAUGAUCUCCUUACUCGGUCUCUCAGAUUUUUUUGAUGCUGUCAUUAUUGGUGGUGAAUGUGAACAUGCCAAGCCUCAUCCAGACCCCUACCUGAAAGGUCUUGAAGCUCUGAAGGCAUCAAAGGAUCACACAUUUGUAUUUGAGGAUUCUUUUUCAGGGAUCAAAGCUGGAGUUGCAGCUGGGAUGCCUGUUAUUGGUUUGGCUACUCGAAACCCAGAAAAUUUAUUGAUGGAAGCAAAACCUACAUUUCUGAUCAAGGACUAUGAGGAUCCAAAAUUGUGGGCUGCUUUGGAAGAACUUGACAAGGCUAGCAGUGCUCCCUCAGUUUGA